UCAUCCUUGUAUGUGCAUUGUUUGAUUUAGCUCAUGUUACUAAUUUUGCAGCGAGUAUGAAAGGAGGGGUGUCAAAGUUGCUGAGAACCAGUGCCUUGCUUUGGUUCGGGUUGCACGAGGUUCACGCCGGUUUUUUGAGGACAACUGCAUGCGCACUAAGCGUUAUUAUACAGAGUCUACUGGAUUGAUUCCAGUAUCGCUUCCUCUUCUUGUACAAGAUGUUCUGGAGGACUCGGAUGAUUCUUGUUCGGUGCUAGAUGCAUUCCCACUCAAUGCUAACGUUUUUAUCUCCUCCGCAGAAAGCAGGUAUUAUGGCUUCGCUGCGACAAUCACGCAGAACGAUUUAGAGACCAAAGGCACACUGACUGUUUCAUGUAAACUUCCGUCAACCGCUGAUGCGAGCUUCUACGACAUCUUGGUUAAUUAUGAUAACUAUGCACUGAAAUGGUACAGUGCCCAUGAUAUAGCAAGAUUUUUACACAUCACUGCUGAUGUUGUGAGCCGAAUUACUGGUUGCGUAUUCGUUUCGUUGGAUGAUCCGUCCGCAGAGUCUUCCAGAAAUCGUCCGGUGAACAAAGUCAAUAUUGGACUGGAGUUGAAAUUCUCGAAAAGGGAGCAAAUCUUAGAGGGUGAAGUUUGUGGUCCGAUUCGAAACUCAAUUAUUUAUAGGUUUUCGGAAGUAUUCAAGUACCUCGAAAAAGUGGAAGAUUUUAUGGCAUAUAUACGUUUGAAUCAAUUGUUUCCUAAUCUUAAUGAAGCACAACAAGGAGCGAGAUUUGAAGGGUCUGCGUCUCAGUUCCCAACUCUUUUACUUUUUUGUGGUCCAGUGUUAUACACGCUACUACUUAUCCACGAACAUAUGCACAUAAGAAAAUCAUUUUUGCGCUCGACCGCUCCGAAAGAUUCUCUGGAACCGGCGAGUGGCAUUUUUAUGGAUUCGAAAGUUAUAAAAGAAGUGGAGAGGCGAAUAUCUGCUUGCCGCAGCGGAAGCGAACUCAGAAGUGGCAAAAAAAUGCUUGCGGUAAAACCUCGUGCAGCAGAACUGUGUAGAGGAGCUGUUGCGCCGGACCUCAGUGCUCAAUUCCGACUAUUGGAUCGUGUCGUCUGUGUGAAAAGAACCUGUGCGGCACCGUUUGGCGAGUUUGGUACUGUCAUUGGCCUGUUAUGCGGAGGUACGGAGGAAAAAGUGGACGUACUCUUUGACAAGCCAUAUUUUGGUGGUAAAAGCGUGAGGUUCGUUCGUUUCGCCUCAUUGCUUUUCAGUUCACUUCGCUCUCAGCAAGCUUGAUU